AACAGGUAAAAUGACCACAUGGAACCUUGGUUUUAUUCUGUUGCUAACAUAAUGUAUGUUUUCCAGGCUUCUAUAAUUGUAGACAAGCUGUCCUCAAGUGGUGAACUGAAUCCAGCCCAGCUGCAGCAGCUCGGCUCCCUCAUUGUGGGGGUAAAGACGGAGGAUUUGCUGAGCCUCACGUCUGACAGGCUGCUGUCGUCCCUGCAUGCUGUUGCCCACCACAUACCAGCCCUCUGCCCACCACACAAACAAGGCCUCCGCCCGGCACAAGCCAACGCUAUCGCCACCAAACUGUGGGGCUUUCCAGAGGUGGUUAACUGGAACGACGUGGAGCCUUUGCUUGAUUGCACACCACUGCUCAGUGUAAUGCCCAGGAUUCGCGUGCUUGUCAACAAUGUAAAACUCUCCAGUACAUCCACAACAUCCUGGAACACGCAGCAGGCUAAAGCAAUUUUCAAAGAGGUGCUUGACAGGAACCCAAAUUUGAGCAAACGGGAUUUCCUGAGACUGGGAACACUGGGUCAGGGUGUGAGCUGCAAGUUCUUACAGAAACAGUUUAAGGAUGAUCCGUCGCCUUCCUCAGUGAGAGACUUCCUGGCCUUCCUCAGACAGCAGCCUGGUCUUCUUCACACCUCACUGAAAAACUGUGUCAUCAAGGAGCUGAAAGAGUUUGCGUUCUUCUCUGAACUGCUUGAAGAUUUUGGAGCUGAGCUUGCUCUUUCCAUGCCGGUGAGCACCAUUAAGAAGUUUUCUACUAAAAUGAUGGACACUCUGAGGAAGAUGAUUAUCGAGGACUCUCGUCACUUUCUCUUGCUGUCUCGAGCAAAGCAGCAGCUGUUGGUGGACAAAAUAGCGCAAAGAAUGGACAUGUACACAGGGGUGUUCACUGAGGAGGAGUUCCGUUCACUCGGCAUUAUGGCACCGUUUGUGAAGGAUGAGGUUUUCAUUCGGGUGGACCGCAACUUCUUCAUUGAAAAUCUGGAUUUCCUCAAAGAGCUCUGCUACAGCAGCAGCAAGAUGGAAAUCAUGGCUCGUAUCCUGGAAGAACCUGCUGUCUUUGGCCCAGUCCAAAACUGGAAUCAGACAACACUCAGUCAGGUGGACCGGUUUCUCUUCUUUCUGCCUACAAGCAAACUGCAGGAGAUUUCUCAGGUGUUGAUGACUGUGGGCCGCAUAGAGAAGGUGUUCAUGAGCCAUCGUCAGUGGGAAAGUGGGGAUGUGGGGAUCCACUGUUUGAAGGAGAACGAGAAGGAGAAAAUCUUUGAUCAGCAGGAGUUUGUUCUGCAGUUCUUCCUGGGCUUCCUCAGAAUGCGUCCCAAUUCACCGGCUCCUAUGGUUCCUACCUGUGAGAUCCUGCACACAACAGCUCCCUCUGUCUGGACCCCCAACAGCCUGAUGAACAUGCCGUCAUCGGCCUUCUCCACCUGUCUGGAGCUGAUAGGUCAGGACCCGUUCCUCACAUCCUACCAACGCGAGGAGGUGCUGAAGAGGGUCAAAGAGAUGUACGGUCCCGUCUCCUCCUUCUCCCAGUCUCUGAUCUUUCAGCUAGGUGUAAUAGUGACGAAAAUGUCCUUAGAGGAGCUGGGUGCCCUCCGACUGACUGAGAGAAGGAGCAUUGCUACUAUGGGUGCUGUCAGUAGCUGGAACGAGAGACAGCUGGCUUUAUUAUUUUCGAACGUGUUGAACUCCAGCAGGAAGAGUCCAAGCCAGCUUGACUCCAGCACACUAGUGGCGAUGGGAUACAUUGUGUGUGGUGCUACAACAGCAGAGAUAAAGUCUUUCAAUAAUGUAGAGUUCAGUAAGGCGGUGCUCUGGCUGGGUCGGCUCAGGCUGUCCUGUUUAGAGGAGCAGCUGCUGGCUCUUGUUCAACUGCUGAUCCACCCUCUUGCUUUCGGAGACAUGAGUUCAUGGGGGACUGAUGUGUUCAUUGAGAUCGGAGUCCUGGCAGCUGCUCUUCCAGACAUAGCCAUGUCAGCUUUGGUGAAAGAGCAAGUUGAAGGAAUCUCACCUUUGGCUAUCUCAAUGAUAUCACCUCAAAAGUUUAAUGUGACAUUUGACUCUAAAAAGAUCGCCAUGUUGUCCUACAAUCAGGCCAUUGCAGUAACUAAAGACCAGCUUGAUCGUCUAUCCCAAGUUCAGAAAUCAGCUCUUGCUGUGGUAAUGAACCCCUGGGAAGAUCAGCCCGUGAACUUCAGAGGGAGGUUACUGGGGCUGGCACCGAGCCACGGUCCUGUGUGUCUCACACUGGUACUGCUGAUGCUGCUGACCGUCCUGCUCUGUCCUGACACAUGACCCCACUCACCCCAGCUGGAUCAGGAAAGCUCCUCAUCCACAUAAAUUAUCUCAUUUAUCUGUACAAUACCAACCAUUUUUGAAAUACGCAGCACUUCAGGUUUUCUGUACUGUGUAUUUAAUGCUUUCACUUUGAUAUCAACAACCAGCACUGAAGAAACCAAAUACAUAGAUUAAUUUAUAGAAUAACAAAAAGUGUAGGCUACAUUUUUAGCAGCAAAUUAUUCCAAUAGAAGCUGAAUUAUUUUCAUUGCACUUGGUGUAUUUGUUUUUUUAUAAACCUUUGUGAACCCCUAUUGUCCUGAUGUAUCCUUCUCAGGGAUGUGAAGCCAUAUCCAGAAAAACAAUCCAAAAAUAGAAAUAUUUAAAUAUAGUUCAUAUACAGUUAUUAUUGCAAACCCACAAACCUGUUGACUUCUGUGAAAUAUAUUUGUCCAAGUAACAACUUCAAUAUUUGCUAUAUUUAUAAAUGCAUUGUAAGCUAUCUUGAUUACAAAACAUGGACAUAAAGCGCAGACAGACCUGGUUGUUUUAGUAUUGAUCAACUUCAGUGUUUUGUUGCUGUGAGUUUUGUAUUGUUGUGCGCACUUUCCAGUGUGAUUAAUAUGGAUCCAAAUUAUUAAAUUGAACAAAUCUUCCUCUGAUUGACUAUUUAUUUAUUAGUACAUUGUCAGGGCUGUACCCGUAGAAUACAGCUUUGUACAGUAUUCCACCCCUUCAUGUGUUCACUAUAUUCACUAAGACAUGUCUAUUCCUGUUCUUUACCAAUAAAUAAAUAAAUAAAUAAAUACA